AUCCUGACUUAGAGCCAGGGCUGCUGUGUUGUCCCACAAAACCUCGAGAUAAGGGGCAAACCUGCAAAAGCUGCGGGGGGGUGGGAAGCGGGGUGGCAGGCAGAGGGGGUCGAAGCAAACGAAGGGUGGAGAGGCUCAGGAGAAGAAUGGUUAUGCCGGCUCCUCGUGCUCUGGUCGUGCUGCUCCUCCGUAGGCUGCGUGUCAUUCAGGCACAGUCCUGCCUUUCCUCGACAUGAGCCUCGCAGUAAGGGUGUCCUGCUCCAUGCUCAACUGCUUUGGUGAAGAGGGGCCUCCCAGUCUGGAGUACAUCAAGGCCAAGGAUUUGUUCCCCCAGAAGGAGCUGGUGAAGGAGGAUGAAAGCCUUCAGGUGCCGUUCCCAGUUCUUCAGGGGGAAGGUGUGGAAUAUCUUGGCCGUGCUGAUGAAGCCAUCAUUGCCAUUUCUAACUACAGACUUCACAUCAAGUUCAAGGACUCAGUCAUCAAUACCUACCCAGGUGUGGACAUUGACAUAUCUGUGCCUCUCAGGCUGAUAGAAAGUGUAGAGAGCAGAGAUAUGUUCCAGUUGCACAUCAUUUGCAAAGACUCUAAAGUUGUCAGAUGCCACUUUGCAACGUUCAAGCAGUGCCAGGAGUGGGUCAAACGUCUGAACCGGGCCAUAGCACACCCAUCACGGCUGGAGGACCUGUUCGCCCUGGCCUAUCACGCGUGGUGUCUAGGAGGCAGCGCUGACGAUGAAGAUCAGCACCUUCAUCUUUGUCGCCCAGGUGAUCAUGUACGUCAGAGAAUGGAAAUGGAGGUCAAGAGGAUGGGCUUCGAUACUCAAAACAUCUGGAGAGUGUCUGAUAUCAACUGCAACUACAAGCUGUGCUCCAGCUACCCACAGAAGCUUCUGAUUCCAAUCUGGAUCACUGACAAGGAGCUGGAGAGUGUGGCUUCUUUUAGAUCCUGGAAGAGGAUCCCAGUGGUGGUCUACAGGCACCAGAAGAACGGGGCAGUGAUCGCCCGCUGUAGCCAGCCUGAGAUUAGCUGGUGGGGCUGGAGGAACACAGAUGAUGAGUAUCUAGUUACGUCCAUCGCUAAGGCCUGUCAGAUGGACAGCGGAACCAAGGGUGCACAAACAAAUCGACAACGCGGGGAAGCUACUGACUCUUCCGAUGGUGAUUUUGACUCAUCUCUGACGGGCGGCUCCAGCUGCAAUAACAACACUGUGACACAGAAGCUGCUGAUUCUGGAUGCUCGCUCAUACACUGCUGCAGUGGCUAACCGAGCUAAGGGCGGAGGCUGCGAAUGUGAAGAGUACUACCCCAGCUGUGAGGUCAUGUUCAUGGGAAUGGCCAACAUCCAUGCUAUCCGGAACAGUUUCCAGGCUCUCAGGGCUGUCUGCAGUCAGAUCCCCGAUCCAGGAAACUGGCUUUCAGCACUGGAGAGCACCCGUUGGCUGCAGCACCUGUCGGUCAUGCUGAAGGCUGCCACUCUGGUAUGUUCAGCAGUCGAGCGGGACGGUCGUCCUGUCCUGGUACACUGCUCAGACGGGUGGGACCGCACGCCUCAGAUUGUAGCCCUCGCCAAGGUCCUGCUGGACCCCUACUACAGGACAUUAGAGGGUUUCCAGGUGCUCGUAGAGACGGAAUGGCUGGACUUUGGUCAUAAGUUUGGGGACCGCUGUGGCCACCAGGAGAACUCAGACGAUGUGAGCGAGCAGUGUCCCGUCUUCCUGCAGUGGCUGGAUUGUGUUCACCAGCUGCUCAAACAGUUCCCCUGCCUGUUUGAGUUCAACGAGGCCUUCCUGGUCAAGUUGGUGCAGCACACAUACUCGUGUCUUUACGGCACGUUUCUGUGCAACAACGCUCGUGAAAGGGAGGCAAAGAAUAUCUACAAACGCACCUGCUCUGUGUGGUCUCUGCUUCGCACAGCAAACAAGAACUUCCAGAACUUCCUCUACAUCCCUUCUCAUGACAUGGUGCUGCAGCCAGUCUGCCAUACUCGGGCACUACAGUUGUGGACAGCCGUCUACCUGCCCACCUCCUCCCCCUGCACUGCUGUGGAUGAUUCUGUGGAUCUCUACCUCCCGCCCUCCAUCACAGGAGAUGAGCUUACCUCCCGUUCCCUGGACAGACUUCCUAAGACCCGCUCCAUGGAUGACCUUCUGUCAGCUUUUGAGAAUGGGAUGCCCCUGACACGAACGUCGAGCGACCCCAAUCUCAACAAGCACUGCCAGGAGGGUCGCUCUGCACUGGAGCCCUCACCUGCUUUGGAAGAACCCGCUGUAGAAGGCUCCAACGAGCUCAUACCUGACACUGCGGUGGACAGUGGAGAGGGACAAUCUGUGCAUCCGACUCCAGAAGCUGUCCCAGGUGUAGUGGGUGCUGAAGAGGCUGUGGAUGGACCCUGUUUCACUACGCAGCCCCUGCCUUCCCUGCCCCUCUCACCUGUCCCCCUCAGUGAGGAUGUCACACUUGCUCACACUGCCUUUUCCACUCCUGCCCUCAUGCAAGCUUUGCAUCAGAUCACAGAUACUCCACUCCAACAAGCUCCAAUGGAGGCUGAGAGCCCUUGUAGGACUGCUGAGAGUAUACCAUCUCCCACUCAUAAAUCAGAGCCCUGCUUACCUCUGCCCUGCAAAAGCACUCAACCUGCAGCCAACACACCAACCUCUGUAUUUCAAGGACAAAUUGAUAGUCAGUCAAAGAGCCUGCUGGCUGUAAAGCAGCUAACACCACUCCUUCCCAUGGGGGACUCCACUGAGACUCUUACAGGUGAGAAUGAUCAUCCCCCCAACUCGCCCUCCGCAGUGACCCAGGAAUUUACGCAGAAUACUUUGAAUGAUGAGGAGCAGCCUGAGUUUCAGCCACAAGCUCAACCCCAGAAGGAGGAGGAGGACACGAGGACAAAUGGGGCGAGUGGAAGAGAGCGCGUGUUAGCGGCAGCUCCUGUAGACUGCAUCCAGGUCACUGCUCGCCCUCUGAUCUCCCAGAGCCAGCUCUCGGACCUGUGCUUGCUCAGCUCCCACUGGGAGAGUGUCCAGGGUCUGGUCCAGUCUGCCUCUGGUGCCAGCCGGGGCCAGCACCCCAACAUCCACCAGAGCCGCCGGCUUGCCAGUAAACUCCUCCGCGCCCAGGGCUUUGCCAUUGCCAAUGGCUCGCAGUGCUGCCGCAGGGAGGCUCUCUGUUGUCCGAGCAGUGCGCUGCAGAUUGGAUGGCCUACCAGGAGUGCAGGCUACACUGGACUGUGUGGGCCUGCUGCCCUCACCAGCUACUCACUGGCAGCCCAUCAGCUCCUGCCAGCCUCUUAUUCCUCACCCUCAGCUUCCAGCUCGCCACCACCUCCCCAGGCCCUGGCUUACCUGGAUGACGAUGGGCUGCCUGUGCCGAUGGAUGCCGUGCAGCAGAGAUUGCGUCAGAUCGAGGCGGGUUACAAGCAGGAGGUUGAGGUGCUGCGACAGCAGGUGCGACAGCUGCAGAUGAGGCUUGAGAGUCAACAGUAUGGCACCCCUCCCUCAGAGCCAUACGUCGAGUACGAGGAUGACAUUACAUGUCUGCGUGAGUCAGACAACAGCAAUGAGGAAGAUUCUCUGUCUACCCACAGCGAGGACCGUCUGUCCGAGGGCAGCUGGGAUCGAGUAGAGCCCAGGGACACUGAGGUUACGAGGUGGGUGCCCGACCACAUGGCCUCCCAUUGUUUCAACUGUGACUGUGAGUUCUGGAUAGCCAAGAGACGUCACCACUGCAGGAACUGUGGUAAUGUGUUCUGUAAAGACUGUUGUCACCUGAAGCUUCCCAUCCCAGACCAGCAGCUUUACGACCCCGUGUUGGUGUGCAACACCUGCCACGACCUGCUCCUCGAGUCCCGCACCCGCGAGAUCCGUAGCCAGCAGCUUAAGAAGGCCAUCGCUACAGCCUCCAGCUGAGAGAAACCUCUGAAGCAUUGUCGCCUCGGCUUUGUCCUGCUCGUAUGGGACUGAUGAGCUGUGCGCUGUUUUUACCGCCAAUCAGCUGUAGUUUGGCUGCAGGGGCGGGAAUGAGGAGCAGUUGUUACUCUUUGGGACGCUGGGCUUUAAAAACGGAGAUGUACGUAUAGACUGUAAUAGAAGGGAUUGCUAAGGCAUGCUAGCAGGUGGAGGAGGGGGUUGGUCAAAGACAUUUUUAGGCCUAAGCGCCGCAGCGUCCUGCUGCCUCCACACGGCUCAGUCCUCUAGUGGUGCCCCCGCCUGAGACACAUCUCCAACCUGUCCACACACCUUUUAGUACCAAACACCUGCACCCUCCUGACGGACACCGUCUCGCAGUUCAGAGGACAAUCGCUCACCCUUCCACGUGUCGGGGGACUCCAAAGCCUGUACCUGUACUACUGGAGGCUUUCAACUUUAAAAGAAAAGAAAUGCUGCUACAGUAUUUAAAAGUCUAAUUUUGUAUUCUUAUUUUGUGCACUACUAGCUGUCAUGUAAUGGAGGGCACUUGUGACCAAACUUGAGCAAAAGGGAGAAAUCUGCUGUUUACUUUGCCAUUGCAUCUUUUUUGCUGUUGUUGUUUUCUUUUGUCCUCUCGGAGCCUGAAUGUAACAUGUGAUGGAUAACUGGACUGGGUUUAUGUUAACGUGCAUUUGGUAGGUCGUGUACAUGUUCAUUGCUGCAGUGUGUUCUGUAUGUGCACAGUCGAUGUGGUUGUGUGUUUUAUCUAUGCUUUUCUCUGGUAUAGUCGCGGUGCAACGCUCUGAGGGAUGUGUGGCGCACACUGAUGUGGUUUUGCGGGGACAGAAUGAGGGUUGGAGGCAGCAGGUUUCUGUGAAGUCUUCUUCAGAUGAGUCAUUUGAAGGUGCUUGGAAGAUGUGACUGAAGGGUUGUGCUGAUGUUCCUCUAGUCGAAUGGCUUGGUGUCCACAUAAAGCUCUAUGUCCAUCUGACUGACUCCUCCACAUGCUGAGGACUGAACAGAGCUCUUAGUUUUUUGUUUUUAAGGGUAGUUUGGCAACAGUCCCCUUAAAAAUGUUUGUCUACUGGUUGUUGAGACAAUGGUGCCAUAUUUUGUUUUGUCUCUCUCUCUCUUUUUUUCUUUUCUUUUCAAAGGAUAUUUCUUUGUUAUGGAUGGCAGCAGGUUUCUAAUCGGCCACCUCUCUGUAUGUUUAAUGGUACAGAUAGCUAGCUGCUUAAUAACACUGAAACGACUAAAGAUUAACUGAGAGUUUGAUAACAAGAGGCUAACAAUGUCAGUGGAUAAUCAGAUAUCACUGGAUUCGUUACCUUUGUAGUUAUCAUCGUCUAAUAUUUGGAAUCUUUUGCACGGUGUUUAUGAAGCUGAAAUCUUUGAGGAGCUCAGAAAUGUAACAUACAUAGUUAUCUGAUCCGUAGUGGUGGCUAAAACCUGUCACUUAAUGAUUUAUUGUUGUAAAGAAAUGCACUGUAAAAAUGAAAUCCCAUGGGUUAAAAUAAAGGAUUAUAUCAUGGA